AUGGCUUCUUUUCUUGACCUUGAAGAAGAAGAUUGGGAGCUCCAGGCAGAAGCUAACAAGCGGUCAAAGAAUCUGUUUGGGCCCAGGCCGAACGAGCCUCAGAUGCAACUCUAUCGCCUAUCUUGGACCGCAUCUGCUCCACCUACGGAAGAGAUUUCAUUCGGACAAAACAUGGUGGUGCACGGUACAUCACAACUGAAAAGUCUCAAAGCAGAAUCGAAUGACUUCUUCCAAGUAUUCAUCAUCCGUCAAGAGCGUUCGUGGACAUCUCUCGACAUUUCCAGAGAGCUCCUCCAAGACUUCAUUGAUAUCUUUGCUGUGUUCCCCCCGUUUUGGAGAUGCAUAUUCACGUUUGGCAAGAAGUCAAAUGAGGACGAGUGCGACUUUCCUGGAUUCAAAUCACGCGGCCCUAUACGCAUGAUAAUGGAUCAGCCGACCAUUGAGUCAGCGUAUGUGGUCAGGCGCGCCGAACUCAACCACCGUGACGCGAGCGAGGGACAGAGUCCUUGGUCUAUCCGUCAAACUGCAGUCUAUCAUCGUCUCUGCAGUCGGAAAGAUGCUUCACACGAUACCCUUUGCGCCUCUGCUUUCCCAAGUCUCAAGUCCACUGUGCUCUUGGUCUCACCGUCCAAAGCUGUAGAGAAGAAGAUUAGCCGGCUGUUCAAGCUCGCACUCACGCAAGAAGAAGGAGCCAAUCCAUGCAUUGUGCACAGUCUCAUUGUUGCUGACAGCGUGAAAGGCUGGAUGGGGUACAUUUCUUGGCUUGAAAAACAUGUCAAAGAAGUCUCUGUCCGGAUCACGUUCGCCGAUCUUGAACCGCCGCAGGGAGAUGGAAGUGACGAGGGUUUCACCUUUGACGUCGACGAUCGACAGGCCCUCAAAGUCUCCGAGGACUCGAUCAUCGAUCUUCAAAUCAUCCUAUCCACCCUGCGUAGUACCGUUGAGGGGAUCCGCCAUUACUGCCAGAAGUGUUGUACAUUGGCUCAUCAUAUAGACGAGUGUAGCUGCGUCGCCGCACUUCAAGAGUUGGACGCUUACAUCGAAGAGGUGAACCUUUGCAUUGACAGAGCAGCCACUUUGAAAGAAAGAGUGAUCUCUACGGGGCAACUCCUCUCCGACCUACUACGCUACGAAGAUCAGAAGGCUCUGAAGGACCUCAAUAAGCAAUCUCAAGAGGAAAACAGAAUGAUGCGAUCAUUAGCAGAAAAAAGCACGAAAGAUGCGGAAGCGGUCAAGGUGCUAACAAUCAUCGGGUUGGUGUACUUGCCAACCACGUUCGUCGCGGUGAGCCAGGAAACCCUUUCGAGUUUCCUUUCUGCUGACUUCAAGGUGAAGAACUUUUUCUCCACUGAAUUUGUUCAAAAAGACGAAAGCGGAAACAUGAGCGUGACCGGCGAUACCUGGCUUCUCGCAGCCAUUUCCCUGCCUCUGACCAUUCUCACAAUCUCCACAUGGUGGCUGUGCGUAAGAUACAAAGUCUCGCAGGCCUCGCUGAAGUCAUUGACGGGCCUGCUUGAAGGAUGCAAGGGUGGGUGGGCGCUACGGUGGCGGCGUAAAAACCAACCACGUGUGGGUGAUACCGAGAACCCAGAUGUCCAACCGAGCAGACCCGGUAUCCUUUCCACCAGGACAUGGUCGACUGGAAAGCUCACACUCAAGGACGGCUGA